GCAAUGUCAUUUUUGUGGUUUCUCCAACCUUAUGUAGGAAAAGGUAAGCCGUCAUGGGCCGUGUCCGCACCAAGACCGUGAAGAAGUCCUCUCGCCAGGUUAUCGAGAGGUACUACUCUCGCAUGACUCUGGAUUUCCACACGAACAAGAAGAUCCUGGAGGAAGUUGCCAUCAUUCCGUCGAAGAGGCUCCGGAACAAGAUCGCCGGGUUCUCCACCCACUUGAUGAAGCGAAUUCAGAAGGGACCCGUCCGUGGGAUCUCGUUGAAGCUGCAGGAGGAAGAGCGUGAGCGCCGCAUGGACUUUGUGCCCGACGAGUCGGCCAUCAAGACCAACGAGAUCAAGGUCGACAAGGAGACCCUUGACAUGCUUGCUUCUCUUGGCAUGUCCGAAAUUCCUGGGCUCGUGGAGGUCGAGCCGCAGGUCAUGAUGCCUGCCCAGGCUUUCGGCCGCGGCGGACCUGGAAGGAGGUACUGAUUGAAUUGCUGUGAGAAGAAUGGAGAGCUUUUUGCGGUCUGUCUGAUUUUUAUUUCAAUAGUGGGUUAGUAUUUGUUAAGGACAUGUUGAAUUAAACUAGUCAGCUGGGUGUGUUGAAGAUCGACUUUAAGCAUGAUGUUUUGACUUUCGAGCUGCAAUACAAUUUCCUUUCGCCCA